CUGGUAGAGCAUUUACCACAAAGGCACGAGAAGCACCAGUCGUGCGUCGUGCCUCGCAAUCUCCUUUUGACCACCAUUGGGAGGCGUUAAGUCGUCCUUCUCAAGUCAGGACUUUCGGCCUUCGUCGUCAUCAAAAGCGGUCUGCAUCAGCUUUCUCAUCAUGGGCCGCUCUCUCAGGAGCCCAUCGCACUAUGACGAUGUCUUCUUGGACAAGUCCAAAUCGGUGAUCAUCCACAUCCUUGCCCAGCUGAACAAGCACGGUGAGAUUCCACACGCGCUCGCAUUGGCGCCAAAGGCGAGGAGGGAGAGACAUACCAUUCUCGCAGGCCGACUCGGCGAGACCUUUUGCGAUGACCAAGUGUCAGAAGAGAGCGAGGAGGGAGAGCGCCGAAAGGAAAAGAGAAGGUCAAUCCGGCGAGAGAUGGCCAAGCUGUCCGAAUUCACCUACGAACAGCUCGUCGAGUACCUAGAUCCCGAUGACAAGUUUUUCAAGAGGUUGACAGAGAUUAUCAUCAAAGAGACGGCAGCACAGGCAUACAAUCGACUGCAGAAAGAGGAAGCAGCCGCCGCCUCUGCCGACCAGACUGGAUUUCCAACACAAGCCAUGACAGGAGCCUUUGCAACGAGAGCGAGGACAGCGUUGGGCAACAGCGGCUCGAUGUACUUCUUGGCUAGGGAUGAAAGCGGACUCGUUCGCUCGCGGAGCAGCUCCUCUUCCUCCAACUUGACGUCCAUCAGCUCCGCCUCGGGAGACUCUCCUCCGCCUCGUGAUGCUGCGACGACCCGCAUCUCACGCGUCGGCCGACUCUCGCAGCAGGAUUUGUCUGCGUCAACGACGCCCUCCGCUUCGAGUGUUCGCGCCGAUCUUAUGGCUCGGCGUGCAUCCCUGACUGCGCAACGUCAGGCAUUGCAGCUGAGCCGAGAAGAAAGACGACGGGAACGUAUUCUACGUCACAUUGACUCUGAGCGCCCUUCCAACGAGAUCUCAGCUCCCUCUCCUGCCACUGCUCCCAACAACACCAUCCCAUCCACCUUUCUCUCGUCGAGCAGCCUGCUUGGCGAGCCCUCUCAGUUUCUCUCGCUUGGGGCGCCGACAUUCGUGUCCAGGCCCCGUGCAUCCAAUUUCCACGUCGCUCGUUCCUCGUCUACCUCCGAGCUGUCCACCGUGCCCUUCCCUACUGGUCAUGGCGCACCCACAACGGGUAUCAACGAUGUGACAGCAAGCGCCUCGUCACAAGAGUCGAGCCGAGAUGUUUUCGAUCAGCUGAAUCGAACCAUCGAGAGAACGGCAGAGUCGCUCUCUGCUGCGGAACCUCCUACUGGCCAUGGCGAGGAAGCAACGACAAGCUUGACGCGUCUACCUGCCGUGUCCGAUGGUGGCUCGCUCCGCUCGCUUCCACGCGAUCUGGAGGCCCGCCACCAAGCACUUGAAGCCAGCCUCGAGAGGAUGAGGGCGCUUCGAACAUCGCCAGAAAGACUGGGCACUUCUCCCCGUCAGCAGCAAGAGGUGGGCCACACGACUGUGACAGGAUCAACUCCUCCGUCUUUGCGACGGUCAGGUGCCAGUCGCGCUUCGCUCCGCUGGCCUGGCGCCCGUUCGAACUCGGGCGCUCGUCGCAUCGAAGACUUCACGGCCUUUGCCGCACGCCGUCGGAGCGGCGCAAGGCAGCAAGACGAUCAUCCCGAUCGCGUCAGGAGCCCACCACCUGAGCUGCAGUCAGCGCAUCAAACGUUUGAAGAAGCUUUCCGAACACUGCAGAGGGCUGCAACGAGCAUCGAAGAGACCCUGGGUGUCUCCAGCCAGCGGGAUGCCAGGGGCGCAGAGGCCACCGACGACGACGGCGAUGAUGUAGGCAUAGAAAUUGACGGCGAGUCGGGCAUGGCCGCCCGCUAUGAGCUGGCGAGCGCUGGAGUCAGUCUGACCGAGGGUCACUUGCGGAGCGGUACCUCGUCUCAAAGGCCGAUCGCCAGGCUGCCGUCAAGGCAGCCUACCCACACUGUUCCGGGUGGUGAACAAGCACCACCUCGCUGAUCCAUGGCCCUAUAUACCUAGACUGUGAUGUGUCCUAUUCCCCAUAUGUGUACAAUCCGGUUGUCAAGCCAUCAGACCGCACGGCUCUCGAUUCCUUGGCCAGUGAUGGUCCUACAUGAUUGAGCCUUCUCCUGUAGCAAUUACCAAAAUAAGAAGGGUUAUGCAAG